CCUUUAUAAACCCCGCCAUUCUUGACGUUUUUCUCUCGUCAAAGCACACACAUUCUCUUUCUUUAGAAUGGAUAACCUGGCUGCAAUGUUUCUCUAUUCUUCGUCUUCAACUUCAACUUCACCGGCGGCAGCCCUUUCUUCACAGUUAUCGCUAAACAUGACGAAUCAUUAUUCACAUGCAGAUCACAACUAUAACAAUCGCUACAGCAGCUACACGCAAUCCGAUGAUGAUCAUGAGCUCCGACUAAUCGGAGAAAAUAAAAAGGGCCCCUCAGAUAAAGUGGUUGUAGCGGAUCGAAUAUCUCCGAGUACUAAUAGCUUCAGUACUGGUGACGGUGACGAUUUGAAUACAUCAAUGGCGUCAACCAAGCUUAACGUCAGAAAAGGCGAGAAGAAGAUCAGAAAGCCUAAGUUUGCAUUUCAAACGAGGAGUCAAGUUGAUAUACUUGACGAUGGAUAUAGAUGGAGGAAGUACGGUCAAAAAGCUGUCAAGAACAACAAAUUCCCCAGGAGCUACUAUCGUUGUACACAACAAGGUUGUAAUGUAAAAAAGCAAGUUCAAAGGCUAUCAAAAGACGAAGGAGUCGUGGUGACAACUUAUGAAGGAAUGCACACUCAUCCAAUAGAGAAGUCUACAGAUAACUUUGAGCACAUAUUGACUCAAAUGCAAAUUUACUCUUCUUGCUAGCUAUAGGAAUACAUACAUAAAGGGAACUUUAGGUAUACAUAACCUUGAAAAUAAAUAGUUAGAAGAUUGGGAUGUACGUAUGGUUGUGAAAAAUCACAUAAACGCUAGCCUGAACAUAAAAC